AUGUUAAACUGUGAUACUAUCUGUUUGCUGGCAACAGCUGUUGCAUUCUCCAAAAGUCCAUCAACAUCAGUUUGCAAUUAUUGUGUUGAUACACGUUCAACAGAUUCAGAAUGUUUCGAUAACAUCAUUGAAUGUGCAUACAAAGAUCCAGCAUCAUUAAUCUUCUGUUUGAAUGUAUAUGAGAAAUCUGAUUCUAUGAUUGAUCAUUCAUUACGAUGUAUCUCAUAUAAACAGUUUUUCAUAUUGGAUGAACAAAUCGUUCAGCUAGGAGGCAAUGGUGUUUGUAGCUAUGAUGAUGGUUUGAAAUGUAACUGCUCAUCUUGUCCAUAUAUUGAAAAUGCUGUUGUAGUCAACAACACAGAUUCAUAUGAUGAUACUAUUGUAUCUCAUCCAGUGACAGAAGUGUCAAACAAACAACAUUUUCGAGGUCGCGCCAAGCAUAUUGGCCUACAUCAAUAUGAUCAUCACAAUUUUGUGAAACAGAAUAAGUCACAUUUUGAGCAAAAAACCAACAACUCAAACAACUAUCCAGGGAAUAUGCUCUUCAUAACUAUGUGUGUAAUAGUUAGCAUUCUAGUUAUAAGAGCUCUUACAUAA